ACACUGUGUUCACUGAGACUCAGCGGCCAGUACUGGAGAGGAGUGAGCAUACCAGAGGAGCUGACUGGAGCUUCUGCAGCACAGAGCUGGAGCUUUUUCACUUUGACACCAGUGACAGAGGAGGAUGACUGGAGCGUCACUUCAGGAACAGCAUCCCUCCGAUCUGGGAACUUUUCUCUGUCCUGAGAGCUUGAAAGUUACCGGGAAAGAAAGUUUGAUCUGAAGAGGCACAUAUAUUGGAUUUCUGGUUCAGCUGCGAGUUAGGAUGAAGACUCAUCUCCUCUGCUUGGAGUUGCUCCUCUUGGCGGAUCACGUCCUUCUGGCCAGUGGGCAGCUGGAGUCAAAGCAGCAAGCGCCCCAGGACGUUCUGUCUGUUACACAGAGACUUGGGCUCAUAGAGAGAGAUGUGCAGGGCCUGGUGAGGCCCAACAUCACCAUUCCCCGCCGCCGGCUACCUCCCAUGUGCACAGGGCCCACGGAAAUCCGAGACACCUUCAAGUACAUCAACACGGUGGUGUCCUGCCUGGUGUUUGUUGUGGGCAUCAUAGGGAAUUCCACUCUGCUGAGAAUCAUCUAUAAGAAUAAGUGCAUGCGUAACGGGCCGAACAUCCUGAUCGGCAGCCUGGCACUCGGAGACCUGCUGCACAUCAUCAUCGGCAUUCCCAUCAAUGUUUACAAGCUCCUGGCAGAGGACUGGCCUUUCGGCGUAACUCUGUGUAAGAUGGUUCCGUUCGUCCAAAAAGCCUCCGUGGGGAUUACAGUGCUGAGUCUGUGCGCUUUGAGUAUUGACAGGUAUCGCGCAGUGGCCUCCUGGAGCCGCAUCAAAGGGAUCGGCGUUCCAAAGUGGAUGGCUAUCGAAAUAGCGCUCAUCUGGAUAAUAUCCAUCGUGCUGGCUGUGCCAGAGGCAAUAGCUUUCGACAUGAUCACCAUGGACUACAAGGGAGAACACUUGAGGAUCUGUUUGCUGCACCCCAUGCAGACAACCGACUUCAUGAGGUUUUAUAAAUCAGCGAAGGACUGGUGGCUGUUCAGUGCAUAUUUCUGCCUGCCGUUGGUCUGCACUGCUAUUUUCUACACCCUGAUGACCUGCGAGAUGCUGAGGAAGAAGAAUGGAGUCCAGAUCGCUCUCAGUGACCACCUCAAACAGCGAAGGGAGGUGGCUAAGACAGUGUUCUGCCUGGUUCUGGUCUUCGCUGUGUGCUGGCUGCCUCUCCACCUCAGCCGUAUCCUGAAGCUCACCAUCUACGACGAGAAAGAUCCAAACCGCUGCGAACUGCUCAGUUUCUUUUUGGUGUUGGACUACAUUGGCAUCAACAUGGCAUCCAUCAACUCCUGCAUCAACCCAAUCGCCCUCUACGUGGUCAGCAAGCGCUUCAAGAACUGCUUCAGGUCCUGCCUGUGCUGCUGGUGCCUACCGGCUGAGAUGUUGAUGGAUGAGAAGCAGUCGUGCAUGAAGAUGAAAGUCACAGAACGAGCCUCCGACCAGAGCAACUCCCGCUUGACCAACAAGUCCACUACCGCCUGAGUAAGAAAGGAGUAGAUAUGACAACAACAAAAAAACAAAAAGAAAUAUUGAAGUGUGGAUGACUGAAUGAGGAUACGCGCUUAUUCUUGUUCCAUCUACAGCAUCAUGUGAAGUCUCCAUCAACUUUUAACCAACGUGCUUUUGGAGAUCAGAUCUUACCUAAAACUCUUUUUUAUACUCACACUCUCCCUGUCCAAAACGAAAUAAGCAGCAGUGAACUCCAAAACACUGUAUUCUUGGACAAGAGUGAGACGUGUGUGAGGCAGUAAAACUGCCGUUCAACAUACCAAAUAUCGAGAACUAAGGCCGGGCAAAGUUCAGCACAAGUGUUUUAUAAAAUUGGGGGUCAAGAGUCGAUUAGCAAAGACAGCUCAUCAGGCUCUCGGUCUGGCGGUUACUUUGACGCUAUGAAUCUUGCAAUAAAUUACGCAUUACAUUCGAGUGCGACGCUGUGUUCCAUGUUGCUACCACGCACUGCAGCGGCUUGGAAGAGAUUAAAUCCAAUGAGCUUGUUUGAGAUUUGUUUGCGUCAUUUUGUUACGUAUUUCUUUGCAUGUAUGUAUGUAUUGAGAAAUUUUUGCAUGCUUUAUUGUUUGUUACUUUAGUGCUGUAAGAGCCAUAUUAGACUUGAGAUGUGAUUCAGUAACGAAAAAUGUUGAAAUGCUCCUUUAGUUCGGCUACUGACUACGUCAUGGCCACCAGCCCUCAGUUGAGGUUAAUGGGUCUGCGGAUCAAGACCGUUGUGCCAAGUUGAGCACAUGUUACUUUAUUGUUGAGUAAACCUUUAAAAUGCAGUUACUGCCUCUGUGGACUCAUUUGGAGUCAAGUUUAUUGCCAAUACACAGACUGUAACAGUAGCGGUAAUGUGGAUUACCGGACAGAGAGAAGAUUGCCGAUACAAGUGCCUUUAAAUGUAUCGUCUCUGUGCCAUUUCCUCACUAGUUAUUGAACUACUGAUGUUUUCAAGCUGUGCAAUAUCAGCUGUGUGUCCGGUCUGCUAUUGUAUUAUACUGUUCAAUAUUGGGCCUGUUCUUGAGGCUUCCGAGUGUAUUUGCUCUGCAUUAUCUUAAUCUGACUACUUACUUUAGCUGGUAUGACAAGAGGUAGGGGUUUCUUUUUGAAAUAAAUAAAAGGAAUAUAAUAAAU